GCAUGGGGAAAAAGGUGGAAGAGGGGGCGCUGUAUGAGAACCCCCCCCCAGAAUAAGGCAUUCAGCCCCCUAGGUGGAAACAAUGACACAGUCAGCUCCCAAUACCAAGGCUCUGACAUCAGGAGGUGGGGGUGGCCAGAGUAUGUGUGGGGUGCCACGCCCCUUGGCAAGCCCCCGUGGCCAAUGGGACAGGCUUGGAAGAGCCCGGGGCUGGCUUCUGGAGCUUCAAAAACGUGUGAGGAGGGAAGAGGGUGCAGAAGGAGACUCAGCUGCCCGGUGCGCUUGUCAGUGUUACCGGUACCUCCACUCUGCCAGAGCCCCUGGCCAGCAUGUCUUCUGCACAUUUUAACCGAGGUCCCGCCUACGGCCUGUCUGCUGAAGUAAAGAACAAGUUGGCUCAGAAAUACGACCAUCAGCGCGAGCAGGAGCUGAGGGAGUGGAUUGAGGGGGUGACAGGCCGGCGCAUCGGGAACAACUUCAUGGAUGGCCUCAAAGACGGGAUCAUUCUUUGCGAAUUUAUCAACAAGCUCCAGCCAGGUUCUGUGAAGAAGGUCAAUGAGUCAACCCAGAACUGGCACCAGCUGGAGAACAUAGGUAAUUUCAUCAAAGCCAUUACCAAGUAUGGGGUGAAACCUCACGACAUCUUUGAGGCCAACGACCUGUUUGAAAACACCAACCAUACACAAGUUCAAUCCACUCUCCUGGCUCUGGCCAGCAUGGCCAAGACAAAAGGAAACAAAGUCAAUGUGGGGGUCAAAUAUGCAGAGAAACAAGAGCGGAGAUUUGAGCCUGAGAAGCUGAGAGAAGGCAGGAACAUCAUUGGACUACAGAUGGGCACCAAUAAGUUUGCCAGUCAGCAGGGCAUGACGGCCUAUGGCACCAGGCGUCACCUCUAUGAUCCCAAACUGGGUACAGAUCAGCCCCUGGACCAGGCGACCAUCAGCCUGCAGAUGGGCACCAACAAGGGCGCCAGCCAGGCUGGCAUGACUGCACCAGGCACCAAACGGCAGAUCUUUGAGCCAGGUCUGGGCAUGGAACACUGCGACACACUCAACGUCAGCUUGCAGAUGGGCAGCAACAAGGGGGCCUCCCAGAGGGGCAUGACCGUGUAUGGGCUACCUCGCCAGGUGUACGAUCCCAAGUACUGCCUGACCCCGGAAUACCCAGAGCUGGGUGAGCCCACUCACAAUCACCACCCGCACAACUACUACAACUCUGCCUAGGGCCCCCAAGGGGCUGGCUGCUGCUCUUGGCUGGACCCAGCUGGCCCAGCCAACCCCAUCUCCUGCAUGGCGUCCCCCUGGCACCUGUCUAUAGGGUUACAGUUUGGGGAGAUCAGGCUGAGGGGGGGCAAUGGGAAAAAGGGGGCCCCUCAUCCCUGGAGCUUUCGCAGGCCCAACAUAGAAUUGGGUGUCCCCAACAGUGACCAAAGGAAGCACUGAGUAAAGCUAUUUCAGCUGCCCCCCUUUACUCCCUCACAAGUGAGUACCUCCCAGAACCAGAAACCCUUCAAGCGAAGCCCCCAGAACCCAGGCUUGGCCUGACCCCUGCCCUAUUCCUGCAACGGGAGCAGAAUGCAUGCCUGGAAAUGCAGUGGACACACGCAGUUUGGUUUUGCAGUGACUGGCGUUUGUGGAUGUGACAGCAGCGUUUGUAACUUGAACACUUUCUUUUUCUAUUUCACUGGAGCACAAUAAAUGGCUGUGACAUCAUCAGA